AUCGUCAACAUUCACUGCGUCAUCAUUGCACGCGCCAGAGUAUCCAGGCGAUCCAGGCUAACCCCGCCAUUUUUAAAUAGUUUGUCCAGCGAUAAUUACUACUAUGGCUACUCUGAAGAAAACGCCGUGGUCAAACGAGGAGGUGCAGACUUUCCUGUGUGUGGUUGCCGAAGAGAGGAUCCAGCGAGAGCUUGAUGGGGCAACCAGGAAUGAAAAAGUUUAUAAAGAAGUCUCCGAACGGCUGUUCAAGCUCGGCUACAACAGGACUUUCCGGCAAUGUAGAGACAAGUUAAAAAAACUGAGAAGUAACUACAGAGCUGUAAAGGACGCACACAACGGCCGCAGUGGUUCAAAUCGAAAAAGCUGGAAGUGGUAUGAACAGAUGGACGGUAUCUACGGACACAGAUCGAGCAACGGGAGGGAGGAGGGUGGACAUAGACCGGAGAGCAACGCGAGGGAGGGUGGACUUGACUCGGCCACCAGUUUGUUGGAGGCGCCGAUGGAGGAUGGACGGAGGAAACGACGCAGGGAACCGGAACACCUGACCGUCCUGAGGGAGAUGCAGACAUCGGAUGUCGAGCAGCAGGAGUUGAACCGGGCGCAGCGGGAGCGCCAUUUCCAGAUGACACUCGAAGAUGCAGCACAAGCCCGAGAACUAGAAGCGGCUUUAAGGAGAGAGGAGAUCGCAGCUAUGGCGUCCUUCAACCAGGCCUUUCUGGGAACCCUGAACCAGCUUGUCCAGGCACUGAACCGGCGGGAUGCUGUUCCACCGCCCCUGGACUGAAACGCCUUAGUUUAUUUAAAUUUAAUGUUUGCACUACAUGUAACAUAUGUAUAUAGUUGGAUGUGUGGAUUUAUAUAUU